AUGGUCAGCGAAAUUUAUCCGAGUGCCUCUGAAAUUCAUAUAGAGAGAAGAGAUGUCUCCCAGCUCAAAGCACUUUCAUUAAAUUUCCUAAGAAGCAUCUCUGAAAUACCUGGCGAUAAAGAAGUUCCUAAACUUAAUCCAUGUUGUACUUGUGGAAAAGAAAUUCCAGCAUUUUCACUUCAGGAUUUUGCACAUAUAUUUCAUCGAACAUAUCUCGAAAAACAUAUUAUAGGAGCAGAAAUACGAUUUCCUACAUGUCCAACCUGCCCGCAUUCAUUGAAAUUAUUAGAGAGGAACUUCGACUUGUUUCUGGAAAAAGAAGGAAAUGCCUCCCAGCAAUCUAACGUAACCAUCUUAGGGAUUGGAAAUUAUGUGAAGUAUGGGGUUACAAUAAUCCCUAUUGUAGAUAAUUUUGUCUCUAUGCAAGAUCAGACUACAAGCCUCAUUAUUAACAAAUAUAAUAACAUUUUAUAA